CCUGCCCGGAAGCGCCGCCGCCGCAGUGCCACGUCUUCCCGCGCGCCCUCCCGGUCUGUGCACAGCCGAGCACUAUGGGCUGCGCUCCCCGCCCCGCCGCAGCGCUGCUCCUGCUCCUGCUGCUGCGCGCCGAGCGGCUGCGGGGCGCUGAGCUCACCUUCGAGCUGCCGGACAGCGCGCGGCAGUGCUUCCACGAGGAGGUGGAGCAGGGCGUGCGGCUGUCGCUCGACUACCAGGUCAUCACCGGAGGCCACUAUGAUGUCGACUGCUACGUGGAGGACCCGCUGGGCAACGUCAUCUACAGGGAAACCAAAAAGCAGUAUGACAGCUUCACCUACCGCACCGAGGUCAAGGGUGUUUACCAGUUUUGCUUCAGCAAUGAGUUCUCCACCUUCUCCCACAAGACUGUGUAUUUUGACUUCCAGGUGGGCGAUGAGCCCCCCAUUCUCCCAGACAUGGGGAACAAAGUCACAGCUCUCACCCAGAUGGAGUCUGCUUGUGUGACCAUCCAUGAGGCUCUGAAGACAGUGAUCGACUCUCAGACACAUUACCGGCUCCGGGAGGCACAGGACCGAGCCCGAGCCGAAGACCUCAAUAGCCGAGUCUCCUACUGGUCCAUUGGUGAGACGGUCGCCCUGUUCGUGGUGAGCUUCAGCCAAGUGCUGCUGCUGAAAAGCUUCUUCACAGAGAAACGGCCUACUCAUCGGGCUCUCCACUCCUAGCCAAGGCCUCGGGAUGGAGCAGUGCUCCUGGGUGCUGGCUCUGCACACCUCAGUCCUUGCACCCCACAGAACCCAGGGAUCCCAAGGCAUGCGAGUGUGUUCCGUGCACAGCGUGGACUGGAAGAGCCUUUGCAGUUAGGCAGGGGCUGAUGUCAUGGGAAGGUGGUGGGCACACCCCCAGGGCCCAUGCUGGGCCUCCAGCAAACUUAGUGCUUGGCUUCUGUUCUGUCAUGCGUGGGUCCUGUGGCGUGGACCUCCUCCCUGUGGGGAACAGUGGGGCUCUCCACUCCAGCCUUUCCUUCCCUAAAACUGUGCCUGAGGAAAGCGGGCUCUGAAGUGACUGUUCAGUCUGCCUACCACAGGCACAGCAGUGUCAGCUGCAUGGGCAGCACCCAAGUGAGGACUGUGUGCCGUGGCUGGCUCUGUGUCUCCCAGGAGCUGGGGCUAGGCUAAUAAAGACUCCUAUGAGCACCUG